AACGAGUCACGACGAAGAUAUUGCUCAGCACGACUCCAACGAACAAGCUAGAGUAAAAAACGUUACUAAGUCCUACGUGGCAUCUCCCGCCCAACAAUCCAGCAAAGUUAGUUAUCGAAUGUUGUAUGAUUUAUUCUCAGUAAUGCGAUAAACCCAACGAAACUAUACUCAACCACUAAAACUAAGCCACGUAAUCAAAAAGUCGUACCAUUAAACAAUCACGUGAAGAAACACGGAUACAUUGAGUGCACCGUUACGUACACAAUCAAAACAAUUAUUUAAUUUAAUUGAAUUUAAAUGUAAUAUCUCUGCUCACUCCCCAAGAUAGAUCUAUCCAAGAGAGACACACAUUCACUGUUUAUGACUCACUUUUUUUAAUUUUGGAUUUUCGUGAAAAAGCUGAAUUUGUCUCUUUCUCUAUUUCUCCCCGGCGUCGAUUUCACGGCGGCUACACGACGGUCAACGAUGUCAUUGACUGUACCGGAAUACGAUUUCAGAUUGACGCCGCCACAGUUUGGUUUUUCACCGAUCGGGGAGCAUAAUUUCGCAGAUGUUGAUAAUCUAGAGAACUGUAUUAAGUACUUGAAUCAGAGCUUAGUCACCUAUGGAUUCUCUGCUUCGCUUGACCUCUUCGCUACCGAUCCGGUUUCGAUUGCUAGAACUUGCAAUUGCGUAUACGCUUUGAUUCAACAGAGGCAACGAGAUGUGGAAUUUAGAGAAUCUGCUAAUGAUCAGAGACAACGACUUUUAUCCGACAUGGCGAGACUCGAAGCAAAAGUUGAAAGGCUUGAGACUCAAUUGCAAGCUAAGGAAAGGGAACUUGGUUCGGUGACAAGAACGGAAGCAAAAAAUACAGCGGCUUUAAAGACGCAGAAUGAGAAGCUACAGAAAGAGAGAGAUGAGUUUCAACGAAUGGUGAUUGCCAACCAGCAAGUCAAGACCCAACAAUUACAUGAAACAAAGAAAAAAGAAAAGGAGUACAUAAAGUUACAGGAGAGGUUAAACCAAGUGUUGAUGGAGAAAAAGAAGGAAACGAGAUCAGGCAUGGAGAUUAUGAAUCUACUCCAGAAAGAAGGGAGACAGCGUGGAACAUGGAGUGGGAAGAAAACUGACUCUGAUUUCUACAAAAAAAUUGUGGAUGCAUAUGAGGCAAAAAAUCAAGAGCUGAUGGCAGAGAACACUGAUCUGAGAGCGUUACUGCGAUCCACACAGGGAGACAUGCGUUCUUUCUUGAAUGCUUCCGGUGGAUUACCCAAUCAAUCUUUGGUAGCAAAUGGAAGACACGGCGCAGACCCUUCUCAGUCUCCUUUGGGCGGAAAGACGGAUGUUUUCGACCUACCUUUUCGUAUGGCUCGAGGUCAGAUAGAAGAUAGUUUACGCUCUAAGAUGGUUUCCAUCAAGGAACGAAUGGGUCAGUUAGUAGAUGCACAAAAAGAAGUAUCCAUUACUUCUGAAGCUUCAGAGAGGGAACUUGAACUUGAAGCACAACUCGUCGAGGCACGCAGCAUAAUUCAAGAACAGGAAUCUAUAAUGUCCAAACAUUUACCUAAGACAGAUAGGAGAAGGAACUCAGCUCCUCCACAUUCUGUCAACGGACUGCGUGGCUGACUAAUUAGAUUGUGAAUCUCAGGUUCCAAAGAUCAAAUCACUUCCUGUAAUUUUGCUCUUGUUUAAACAAAGAAAUAUUUUAUGAAUUUAUAAAAAAAAAUUAAAUGAAUGUGGAUUCGUAUUUGUAACGUUGUACAGAACACUUGCAGACAACAAGUUUCAGGCUGUAGAUUUUUAUUAUAGAUGAAUGAAAUAUGUUUUAUUUCAUAA